CUAGUGAAGGUUGCGAUCUAUGCCGGAUCUUACGUAGCAUCCUGUUAUGAGUAUAAAAUGCCCAAAUGUCUCUCGGAGAGAAAGCCAUGGGAUACUCCUAUUACUCGACCAUCUGCUUCCUUCGCCGCUAACCCGCGGAUCACGCUGGCCUUCUCUACUGUGAUCUAAUCUUCUGCUGCUCUCUAUCUCAUCUCGAAUAAGGUCGAUAUAACUUACUGUAGCAGAAGACCUAGAAGCAUCCUCAGCCUGACAGCUAUGUCUGAUAUCGAGAAAGGCAAUACCGAGCACAAUGGCUCGCUGCGUUCGCCGCGCUACGACUUAGAAGAACAUGAGAGCAGGGACGAUGCUCUCAGGAAGAUUCGAACCGCCGGUGGCAUCUCAAUCUCUCCUGAGCUCUUCGAGAAGAUCUACCUUACACCUAAGACUCGAGUCAAGGGCGAUAUCAGAGCCACGGUCGGCAAUCCGACGCCACUUGGUAUCCUGGGUUUCAUCGUUACCUUGGGGCCUCUGUCUUGCCAGCUGAUGGGAUGGAGAGGAUCUGGAGGCGGCGGCGCUGCCAUUGUUGGUGUUAUGUACUUCAUCGGUGGUCUUCUUAUGAUAAUUGCAGGAGUUAUGGAAUGGAUUCUGGGAAACACUUUCACUUUGGUCGUCCUCGCUUCUUUCGGUGGUUUCUGGCUUUCUCUUGCCACGACUUUGGUGCCGGCAUAUGGUGCUGCUGCGGCCUUUCAACCUCAGGACCCGACAAAUCCAGGUUUCAAUUCAUCGUUUGCGUUCUACUACGUCUUCUUCGGCCUGCUUUGCUUUAUAUACCUCAUAUGCAGUCUGCGCACGAACCUGGUCUUUUUCCUCAUCUUCUUGGCGCUCACUCUCGGUUUCGGCCUGCUCGCCGGUGCCAACUUUCAGCUCGCGGAUGGAGCCGUUGCAUUGGCCGGUAGACUUCAAAUUGCGUCCGGUGCUAUAUUCUUCGUUUCCCAGUUACUCGGGUGGUAUCUUCUGGCAGCCCAGCUGCUUCUCAGCGUCGAUUUCCCCUUUGUUCUUCCAGUGGGUGAUCUCAGUCAUUUGGUCCGAGGAGCCAGCGAGAGGAAGAACCAGUAAUAUCGGACUGGCAUCGAGGAAGCAACAGACUUAAUGUUUACCAUGUCAAACAGCAGCGUGAUUGCUGCUGUUCGCGGUUUCCAGUAACAAUUACAUGCUUGCUAUCCUUAGUGUGCUGCAAUGAUUCACACUGCCUGAUUCAGCCUAUGAGCUUGCGGUUGGGAAAAAUCAACAAAU